AUGAGGCAUUGGCCAGCUUUGCAUUUACUUCCUUCUCAGGGGGCUAUUUCUAAGGAAAUGGUUUCUUCAAUUAACAGAAAAGAGGUGUUUUGGUUACCCCCUCCCAAAUUCAAGUUUAAAUUAAACUUUGAUGGCGCUUCUCGUGGCAACCCGGGGAAAUCUUCUAUUGGGGUGGUAGUUACUGAUGAUAGUUCCAACAUUAUUAAAGCUAGGUGUCAGUGUAUUCCAGAUGGGACUAAUAAUGUGGCAGAAAUUCAUGCUCUCUUUGUUGGGUUAGAUUUGCUAAUUUUAUUAAAUCUUAAAGAUGUUGUGAUUGAAGGAGAUUCUUUAGUGAUCUUUUAUGCGGUUGCUAAUCGAACUUGUAAUUCUUGGCAUUUACAAUACUGGUUGGAUAAGGUUUUGUUGCUUCUUAAGUUCUUUAACUCUUUUUCUAUUUCUCAUUGUUAUAGAGAGGCUAAUUUCGUCACUGAUUUUUGGCGAAUAAGGCCUUGA